AUGCCGUGGGAGCGUCACGAUAAUAGCAUAUACGAUAAGGUAGUACAUUGGUUCGAUAUGAUCAGGGAGGAACUCUGCAGACCAGACGUCUUGCCAGAGAACGCCUAUAAUAUGAAUGAGACAGGCAUCAUGCUUUCCAUGCUUGGCUCUAUCAAAGUCCUGGUAUGUAAAGGUGAUGGACGGGACUAUAGAGGAACUGGCACAAAGCGGACGAUGGUAACUGCUAUCGAAUGCGUGUCAGCAAGCGGUGAGUAUCUCAAUCCGAUGAUAAUCUGGCCUGCAUCUACCCACAGGAGCAACUAG